AUGAGCUCUAUAUUGAACUUGUCUAAUUUGAAAGACAAGAUAUCUUCGAAGUUGAGUGGACAGGGAUCUUCCAAGAGUCUGCAACAUCGUAAAGAUUUAAAAACAAAGGAUCUACAAAAGCAUAAAGACUCCAAGCCUAAGGAUUCCAAGCACAAGGAAACAAAACCAAAGGUUGCAGAUAAUAAAUCAAAGGAAUCAAGGAAGAGUAGCACCAUUGAAAAAUCUAAUACUACUGAAGAAAUCAAGAAGCUGACUAGCUCAGACGAAUUAUUACGUCAAGAGGCAUUGGCUCUAG